GGGCGGAACUUCCGGCUCGAGCUUCCCGAGGCUGUGCUGACGGAGCGGAGCCGGGGGCGCUGGGAUGGUGCUGCUGGAGAGCGAGCAGUUCCUGACGGAGCUGACCAGGCUCUUCCAGAAGUGCCGGCUGUCGGGCAGCGUGUUCAUCACCCUGAAGAAGUAUGACGGUCGAACUAAGCCCAUUCCCAGGAAAGGUUCCGUGGAGGGCUUUGAGCCCUCGGACAACAAGUGUCUGUUGAGAGCUACUGAUGGGAAGAAGAAGAUCAGCACCGUGGUGAGCUCCAAAGAAGUGAAUAAGUUUCAGAUGGCUUAUUCAAACCUCUUAAGAGCCAACAUGGACGGGCUGAAGAAGAGGGACAAAAAGAGCAAGAGUAAGAAGAGCAAAGCAGCACAGUGACGGGCACCAGAUCUCCUGCUUUCACCCACUGGCCACUGAAUUGCUAUUUUUCUUUUGCUUUUUUUACUUUUGGCCACAAAGCUAGGUUUCUGGUUCUCCUACCAAUAACUGUUUUCAUGUGAGAUUAGGGUCAUUUUGGAUGGAAGAAGGGCUGCAGUGUUUACAGGGAGUUGUAAGAAGCCAGUUUAUUUUAGAUCUGGCUAAUUGUGUUGCCUGGUUGUAUGUUCCUGGUUUAUAAAGUCAAUGUGGCCACCUGUGUGAAGAGCAAUGUUUCAUUAAACCUGUAUUUAUCAGCA